AUGGUUUCCGCCAAGAAGCACGUCCCCAUCGUGAAGAAGCGCACCACGCGCUUCAACCGUCACCAGAGUGAUCGGUUCAAGUGCCUCAGCGCCAGCUGGCGCAAGCCCAAGGGCAUUGACAACCGUGUCCGAAGACGCUUCCGUGGAACCAUGGCCAUGCCCUCCAUCGGUUUCGGGUCCAACAAGAAGACUCGUUACAUGAUGCCCUCUGGCCACAAGUCUUUCCUUGUCAACAAUGUCAAGGAUGUCGAACUCCUGAUGAUGCACAACCGAACCUACGCCGCUGAGAUUGCCAGCGCCGUCUCCUCCCGAAAGCGAAUUGACAUCAUCGCCCGUGCUAAGCAGUUAGGAGUCAAGGUCACAAAUGCCAAGGCAAAGGUCACUACCGAGGUGUAA